GAGGUGUCGCGACCCGUCCGAGGUGGGUCGGGCAGGGAGAUAAUCCGGAACCGGAGACGCCGCCGCGCCCAGCUCCAGAUUUCGCCCUCCACCGGAGCUUGCCCGCCACACCCGGACGGGUAGCUGGAGAAGAUCGGACCCUCCCCCAAAUUUGGGCCCCCCUCUUCCCCCAACUCCCGUCCUGAUCUGUCUCUCCCUACCCCCGCCACUCCUCCCCGCCUAAGGCGGGCGCCUGAAACUCUGGGGAACAGGACCCGCCGAAGCCACCGGACAGAGCCGGGCCUAGCCCAGAGACAUGGACAGUUGCUACGACCCAGGUCUGGAUGGCAUCAUUGAAUAUGACGAUUUCAAAUUCAACCCGACCAUUGUGCAGCCCAAGGAGCCAGCCCCAGAGACAGCUGAUGGCCCCUACCUGGUGAUCGUGGAACAGCCUAAGCAGCGAGGUUUCCGAUUUCGAUAUGGCUGUGAAGGCCCUUCCCACGGAGGACUGCCAGGUGCCUCCAGCGAGAAGGGUCGGAAGACUUAUCCCACAGUCAAGAUCUGUAACUACGAGGGACCGGCCAAGAUCGAGGUGGACCUGGUAACACACAGUGACCCGCCUCGUGCUCACGCCCACAGUUUGGUGGGCAAGCAAUGCUCGGAGCUGGGGGUCUGCGCAGUGUCUGUGGGGCCCAAGGACAUGACUGCCCAAUUUAACAACCUUGGUGUCCUGCAUGUGACCAAGAAGAACAUGAUGGAGAUAAUGAUACAAAAACUUCAGAGACAGCGGCUUCGCUCCAGGCCCCAGGGCCUUACGGAGGCUGAGCGUCGGGAGCUGGAGCAGGAGGCCAAGGAACUAAAGAAGGUGAUGGAUCUGAGCAUUGUGCGGCUGCGCUUUUCUGCCUUCCUUCGAGCCAGUGAUGGCUCCUUCUCUCUGCCCCUGAAGCCAGUUAUAUCUCAGCCCAUCCAUGACAGCAAGUCUCCUGGAGCCUCAAACCUGAAGAUUUCUCGAAUGGACAAGACAGCUGGCUCUGUGCGGGGUGGAGAUGAGGUUUAUCUGCUUUGUGACAAGGUGCAGAAAGAUGACAUUGAGGUUCGGUUCUACGAGGAUGAUGAGAAUGGAUGGCAGGCCUUCGGGGACUUUUCUCCCACAGAUGUUCACAAACAGUAUGCCAUUGUGUUCCGGACACCUCCCUAUCACAAGAUGAAGAUUGAGCGUCCUGUAACCGUGUUCCUGCAACUGAAACGCAAGCGUGGGGGGGAUGUCUCUGACUCCAAACAGUUCACCUAUUAUCCUCUGGUGGAAGACAAGGAGGAGGUGCAGCGGAAGCGGAGGAAAGCCUUGCCCACCUUCUCCCAGCCCUUUGGGGGUGGCUCCCACAUGGGUGGAGGCUCUGGGGGCUCGGCUGGGGGUUAUGGAGGAGCUGGAGGAGGAGGUGGCAGCCUCGGCUUUUUCUCCUCCUCCUUGGCCUAUAGCCCCUACCAGUCCGGUGCGGCCCCAAUGGGCUGCUACCCGGGAGGCGGGGGCGGGGCGCAGAUGGCCUCCGAGGCGCCUAGCGUGGAUGCUGGGGAGGAAGCAGCAGAGCUGAGCGCCCCCUCCGGGACCCUCCAGCGCGAACAGCAGGCCCCGGAGCUGCUGCAUCGAGCCCGGGAAUACAACGCGCGCCUGUUCGGCCUGGCGCAGCGCAGCGCCCGAGCCUUGCUCGACUACGGCGUCACGGCAGACGCGCGCGCGCUGCUGGCGGGACAGCGCCACCUGCUGACCGCGCAGGACGAGAACGGAGACACGCCGCUGCAUUUGGCCAUCAUCCACGGGCAGACCAGCGUCAUUGAGCAAAUAGCCCACGUCAUCUACCACGCCCCGCACCUCGGCGUUGUUAAUCUCACCAACCACCUGCACCAGACGCCCCUGCAUCUGGCAGUGAUCACCGGGCAGACCAGCGUGGUGAGCUUCCUGCUGCAGGUGGGCGCAGAUCCAGCACUGCUGGAUCGGCAUGGAGACUCAGCCGUGCACCUGGCACUCCGGGCACGUGCCAGUGCCCCCGACCUGCUGCGCACCCUGCUGCGGAGUGGGGUUCCCAGCAUGCCCCAACUGUUGCACGUGCCAGACUUUGAAGGGCUGUACCCAGUACACCUGGCGGUCCGUGCCCGAAGCCCCGAGUGCCUGGAUCUGCUGGUGGACAAUGGGGCUGAAGUGGAGGCUGCAGAGCGGCAGGGGGGCCGAACAGCCCUGCAUCUAGCCACAGAAAUGGAGGAGCUGGGGUUGGUCACCCAUCUGGUCACCAAGCUCCGGGCCAACGUGAAUGCCCGUACCUUUGCGGGAAACACGCCCCUACACCUGGCAGCUGGACUGGGAUCCCCGACCCUCACCCGCCUCCUUCUGAAGGCUGGUGCCGACAUCCAUGCAGAGAAUGAGGAGCCCCUGUGCCCACUGCCUUCGCCCCCCACCUCUGGUAGUGACUCAGAUUCUGAGGGCCCCGAGAGGGACACCCGAGGCAGCUUUCGGGGCCACACACCUCUUGACCUCACUCGCAGCAGCAAGGUGAAGACCUUGCUGCUAAAUGCUGCUCAGGACACCAUGGCGCCCCCCCUGACCCCACCUAGCCCUGCAGGUGAGAUCUCCCCACCCAUUGCCAGACCCCAGACCCCUGCUCACAGAGGUCUCUUCUCCUUCAGGGCCACUCAAGGAGGUCUCCCUUUCUCCAUCCCUGUUCUCCGUCCAUUGCCCCCAGUGGCCCUUCCUGCCUUAUCAGGUUACCAUGUGAGAAAGGUGGCAUUCAGCUGUGUUUUUGCCCAUCUCUGGGGGGUAACUAACAUGUGUGUGUCCCCCUCAGGGCCAGAGAUGCCACUUGAGGAUACAGUCCUACAGAACCUGGAGCAUCUGCUAGACGGGCCAGGAGCCCAGGGCAGCUGGGCAGAACUGGCAGAACGGCUGGGUCUGCGCAGUCUGGUGGACACGUAUCGGAAGACGGCCUCACCCAGCGGCAGUCUCCUACGCAGUUACAAGCUGGCUGGUGGGGACUUGGCAGGCCUGCUGGAUGCCCUGUCUGACAUGGGCCUGGAGGAGGGAGUGAGGCUCCUGAGGGGUCCUGAGACCCGAGAAAAGCUGCCUAGCACAGCAGAGGUGAAGGAGGACAGUGCAUACGGGAGCCAGUCGGUGGAACAGGAAGCAGAGAAGCUGGGCCCCCCUCCUGAGCCACCAGGAGGGCUCUGCCACGGACAUCCCCAGCCUCAGGUGCACUGAACUGCUGCCCACCCACCAGCCCCCUUCCUGGGCCCCUCUGUACAGUGUCCCCGCCUAUUCCAGUUCUUAUUUAACACCCCGUGCCCACCCUUCAGUUGGGGCAAAUAAAAGAUUCUCAUGAGAAAGAGAGGAGGCGUGGCCUCCUCCCCAACUUACAGCA